AUGGUGGAUGUUGAUGUUUGUGCGGGUGGAGAUAGCACCAGAAGAAAAAUGGAUGCCCUGACAGAUAGUGCAGUUGAGAUUGUCCCUUUGGAGCUCUAUGAUUCAGCCCGAGCAAAAAUAGCUGCUAAUCUACAAUGGAUCUGUGCUAAAGCCUACGGAAUAGAUAAUGUCCCAGAGGAGCUGAAGGACCCAUUUUACAUCGAUCAAUAUGAGCAAGAACAUAUUAAACCACCCGUCAUCAAGCUGCUGCUCUCCAGCGAGCUGUACUGCCGUGUCUGCAGCCUCAUUCUGAAGGGGGAUCAGGUGGCGGCUCUGCAGGGACACCAGUCAGUCAUCCAGGCUCUGUCUCGAAAAGGGAUUUACGUCAUGGAGAGUGAUGAUACACCUGUGUCUGACUCUGAUCUGGGCUCUGCACCAAUCAAAAUGAGUUCUCACAUGGCAAUGAUUGAUGCUCUUAUGAUGGCCUAUACUGUAGAAAUGAUCAGCAUUGAGAAAGUGGUUGCUAGUGUCAAGCGUUUCUCUACAUUCAGUGCCUCAAAAGAACUGCCCUAUGAUUUGGAGGAUGCAAUGGUUUUCUGGAUUAACAAGGUGAACCUUAAAAUGAGGGAGAUAACAGAGAAAGAGAUUAAAUUAAAACAGCAACUAAUGGAAAGUCCAGGGCACCAGAAGGUGCGUUACAGAAGAGACCACCUUUCAAGCAGGCAACUACCUUACUUUCCUUUGCUUGAAGAUUUGAUGAAGGAUGGUAGUGAUGGUGCUGCUCUUCUAGCUGUGAUACACUAUUAUUGUCCAGAGCAAAUGAAACUAGAUGAUAUUUGUCUGAAGGAGGUAACUUCAAUUGCAGACAGCCUCUAUAAUAUUCAACUUUUGAGAGAAUUCUCAAAUGAAUAUCUAAACAAAUGCUUUUACCUCACAUUGGAGGACAUGCUUUAUGCUCCUUUGGUUUUAAAGCCUAAUGUCAUGGUAUUCAUCGCGGAACUCUUCUGGUGGUUUGAGAAUGUCAAACCAGACUUUGUGCAGCCAAGAGAUAUUCAGGAGAUAAAAGAUGUUAAAACAGUGCUGCAGCAGAAGAGCAGUCGUCCACCCGUUCCGAUUUCCAAUGCAACGAAGCGAAGUUUCAUGGCCAGCCCUGCCACUACAAGUCCAGCAGCAGACUUGCAGCCCUCGGCCCAGGCAGGCCCCGAAGCUUGCACUCGGUACUACCUGCACCCUGAGGAGCCUGACUAUCUUGGCAAAGGAGGAAGCCCUGCCUUUAGCCCUUCCCAUCCACUGCUCCCUUUGAGACAAAAGCAACAGAAAUCUUUACAGGGAGAAGACAGCCCUGGUCAUCGGCAUCGUUCUAAUUCUCUGACCCGUGUUGACGGGCAGCCACGAGGUGCCAUUCUUGCGUGGCCAGAGAAGAAACCCAGGCCUCUGUCUCAGCCAACACCAUUUGCCCUUCAUCAUUCUGCCAGUACCGAUGUGGACCCUGGGUCUGGCGAUAGCAUUAGUCUGGCUAGAUCAAUCAGCAAAGACAGUCUUGCCUCAAACAUUGUUAACGUAACUCCAAAAAAUCAGCCCCAUCCUCCAGCGAUGAAGACGAACGGGAAGAGCUUGCUGAACAACGUGGAAAUUGAGGAUGAAGAUGAAGAGCUUAUUGCCAUAAUCAGAUCUGAAGAAAGGCCACAUCGCGGUGAUCUUGAGUUGCAGAACGCGUCAGCCCGGGUGCCCAGCAUAGCUGCAAGUGCGUGGUCUCCAAAAACACGUAGCGAGCCUUCGGAAGGCAAACCGGACAGUUUUUACUUGGAGCCCUUAAUGCCUGCUGUUCUAAAGCCAGCGAAGGAAAAACAGAUCAUCAACAAAGAGGAUGAAUGUGGGGAGGGGAAACAAAGGAGUUUUGUAACAAAGAGAUUAAAUGAAGGACACUUGCCUCUGAGCCGCAAGAAAGCACAUAGCAGUCAUGGUGAGCAUGACCUCAAUAGGACUUUUACUCCAAUUUCUAGUUCUGAUUUCACUCCAGUUGCAGAUCCUGGUAUUGCAGAUCCGGUGGCACUGGUGGAGGCAGGUUUAGACGCUUCCAGACCUCUGGCUAGUAGCAGUUUAGAUCCUUCCGCUCAGGAGCUAUCCCCUGGAGGAUUUUUUCUUCAUGCUGCUAAGUCUGAUGAUGACAUAGCAAGUAAAGUCAAUGCCAGUUAUGUGAAAAGUCUCAACUUGCAUGUUCCCGAUACUACAUGGACCAUGGUGAGACAGGACUCGGAUUCAGAUCUCUUAGACAUAGAAGAUGCCGAACAGGAUUUGGUGGUCAUUGAUGACCAUCCUAUAGUCGCUAAAUACAUUGGCGAGGAAGAAUCUGCAAAAUUGCAAGAAGAUAUGAAGGUAAAAGAACAUGAAGAUAAGGAUGAUGCCAGUGGCCGUUCCAGCCCCUGCUUGAGUACAAUUUCUCAAGUUAGCAGUGUGUCGAUGACGAGCGGGAGCGUCCGGAUGACCAAUUUCGCAGAACGAAAGCUUCAGAGGCUCAAUAGCUACGAAACAAAGUCCAGCACAAGUAGUUCACAAAAGACCACACCAGAUGGAUCGGAAAGCUGCCCGGCACCGCUAACCACAUGGAAACAAAAGCGGGAGCAGAGCCCCGGCAGACAAAAUAAAGAUAACGUUAAUCUUCUAGCUUCUGAAUUGGUGCAGCUUCACAUGCAGUUGGAAGAGAAACGAAGGGCAAUAGAAGCUCAGAAGAAGAAGAUGGAAGCCUUAUCAGCGAGGCAGCGACUAAAAUUGGGCAAGGCAGCUUUCUUGCAUGUUGUUAAAAAAGGGAAAUCUCCUGACGUUCCUCAGCCUCUUAAACCCGAACAUUUUGCAAAGGAAUAUUCUCGGCACAAUGGUGAAGACUUAGAUGAGGUUUCUUUAGGUUCCAAAUCUGAGGAGUUUCUUGUGAAAGAGGAGGAGAGAGAAGAAAUGCUUCAUGAUUCUCAAGAAGUAACAAAGGUAAAAAUGCAAGAAAGCCUAGCUUUUGCUGAGCAGCAUAAACCAAAAGACCCUGCUGCUAUACAUGAUUUGGAAAAAAGUAAAAUUAUUUCUGUUGCCCUCCUAGAGGACAGUGUUACCGAGGUGGAUAUAAAUGAAUGUGAUCUGUCUAUUGAAAAACUGAAUGAAACAAUCAGCACGCUUCAGCAGGCUAUAUUAAAGAUUUCUCAGCAACAGGAGCUACUUAUGAAAUCUCCAUCAGUGCCGUCACCAGGAACCAGAAAUAACUCUCAGGACCAAAAGGUAAAACCAUCCAUUCAUUUUGUUGAGCCCCUGUCUCCAACUGGAAUGAACAGUCUUCGUAAACCACCUCGCUUUGGUCAAGGGAGGAAUCCUCGGGCAGGAAGACCAGCUGACCUGAAAGUCACUAAAGACAGACAGCAGAAUUCAGCCCGUGUUAAAACCCCAACACCAAGCCUAGAAAGCUUACCGCAUUUGAGAGCGUUUCCAUCCAAUAGCUUGUCAAAGACACCAACAGAAAUCAGCUUGGAAAGUAGUCCUGAUCUUGGAAGUGUUUCUCAAGAAAAGUGUUUCUUCGAUACCUACCGACUUCAUGAUGAGAGCAAUCAACGGUCUCUUGUUCUUUCCACCUCCAAGGAUGCAAAUAUUAUUUCCGAAAUGAGCAAAGAGGUGAAUAACAGCUUCAAGGAAACAGGGUUGAAUUCUUCUGAUGGCUCAGGAAAAGAAAAUGUCCCGGUGGAUGAGCCGCUGAGAAGCAAGGCUAAUCUCAUUGAAGUAGACUUGUCUGACUUAAAAGCUCCAGAUGAAGGAGAGCUUGAAAACCAGGAUAGCUCCACGGACAUCAUUAGUGAAGGUGAUCAGAAGUCUGGCGUGGGUUUUUUCUUCAAGGAUGAACAGAAAGCGGAAGAUGAGCUCGCAAAAAAACGUGCAGCGUUCCUUUUGAAGCAGCAGCGCAAGGCUGAGGAGGCCCGGAUUCGGAAGCAGCAGUUGGAGGCUGAGGUUGAACAGAAAAGAGACGAAGCUCGUCGCAAAGCUGAGGAGGACCGAAUACGGAAGGAAGAGGAGAAGGCUCGAAGAGAACUUAUCAAGCAAGAAUAUCUAAGGAAGAAACAGCAGCAAAUUUUGGAGGAGCAAGGGCUUGGGAAGCCCAAAUCAAAGCCCAAAAAACCCAGGCCAAAGUCGGUCCAUCGUGAAGAGUCUUACAGCGAUUCCGGGACGAAGUGUUCUUCCACCCCUGAUAACUUGAGCAGCGCUCAGUCCGGUUCCAGCCUUUCCCUGGCCUCGGCGGCAACGACCGAACCCGAGAGCGUGCACUCCGGUGGCACGCCAUCCCAGAGAGUUGAAUCCAUGGAGUCCUUACCAAUACUGAGCAGAAAUCCUAGCAGGAACACGGAACGAGACUGGGAGAAUGCCUCAACAGCAUCUUCUAUUGCUUCGGUGGCGGAAUACACAGGUCCAAAAUUGUUUAAGGAACCCAGCAGCAAAUCAAACAAACACAUAAUUCACAAUGCUAUCUCUCAUUGCUGCCUCGCUGGAAAAGUGAACGAACCCCAUAAGAACUCAAUAUUAGAGGAACUAGAAAAAUGUGAUGCCAACCACUACAUCAUUUUGUUCCGUGAUGCCGGCUGCCAGUUCAGAGCACUUUAUUGCUACUAUCCUGACACUGAAGAGAUCUACAAGCUGACAGGAACGGGGCCAAAGAGCAUCACCAAGAAAAUGAUUGACAAACUUUAUAAGUACAGUUCGGACAGAAAACAAUUUAACGUGAUUCCAGCCAAAACCAUGUCUGUCAGCGUGGAUGCUCUCACGAUCCAUAACCACUUGUGGCAAGCCAAGCGACCUGCGGUGCCAAAGAAGACUCAGACUCGUAAAUGACACUGAGCUCUUGGGGAGAAGGUUGCUGAACGGGAUCGCACUGAAAGAAGACAUGUUUACCAUUUUCCUCCAGUGGGGUAUGAAGCGCGCAGAACCAUAAACACUUUUUAAGAAGCUUCUGAACAGAAACCGUGGGCGCAAGUUCUUAAGAAUGAAGGAACGUUUGCCGGUGUUUUUUAUGAAUGAUAAAUCUGCUGUUACACCCAAUGCUAACUACUGUG